GUUGCCUCUCGUUCCCUCUCCGAGAAGAAAAGUCGUGCACGGCGGUGGCGUGUCUGCUAGGCUCCGGACUAGCUAGUGAAUAGGGUGGAAAGAUGGCGGAUACGUUGACACUUUUCACUUCCAUAGGGCUCAGUGAGCAGAAAGCGAAAGAAACGCUGAAGAAUGAAUCGCUGAGUUCUGUUCUGAAGGACGCAGUUACUCAGGCCCACCGUGUCCAUGGGGCAUCAGGAGUGGACAAAGCUAUGGGUACUCUGCUGUACAGUAUGGCAUCUCGCCUUAAAGACACAAAACGUCUGGCUUUCCUUGCAGACAGUAUAGCUCAGCGCAAAAUCUGCACAGAGCUACAGCUCGCAGCUGCACUGGACUUUGUAAAGAGUCACCCUCAGGACCCCAUCAACCAGAAGGAGUUUGAAGACGCAUGUGGAGUUGGUGUGCUCAUAACACCGGAGCAGAUUGAAGACGCAGUGGAGUCUGUGAUCAAGAGGCACAAAGAACAGCUGUUAAAGGAGAGGUACCACUUCAACAUGGGGGUACUAAUGGGAGAGGCACGCUCCGCCCUAAAAUGGGCUGAUGGGAAGGUCGUCAAAAAUGAGGUGGACAUGCAGGUUCUACACCUUUUAGGACCCAAGACAGAGGCUGACCUGGAGAAGAAGCCUAAGCCCCAGAAAGCAAAAGUCGCAGAGAAUGAGGUGAAGCUGAAGAAAGAGGAGGUGGCAGUGAAUGGUGAGGUGAUCACUGGAGAGGGAAAGACACUAAUGGAACAGCUCCGAGGAGAGGCACUCAAGUUCCAUAAAACAGGAGAGAACUAUAAAACUGAGGGCUAUGUGAUCACACCGAACACAAUGUCCUUGCUUAAAAAGCACCAGGAGAUCACUGGUGGACAGAUACGUACCCGUUUUCCUCCUGAGCCCAACGGUAUCCUUCACAUCGGACAUGCCAAAGCCAUUAACUUCAAUUUUGGUUAUGCAAAGGCAAACAAUGGAAUUUGUUUCCUGAGGUAUGAUGACACAAAUCCCGAGAAGGAGGAGGAAAAAUACUUCACUGCCAUCAAGGACAUGGUGGAGUGGCUUGGCUACAAACCUUAUGAUGUCACGCACGCAUCGGACAACUUUCAGCGGCUCUACGACCUUGCUGUGGAUCUUAUUCGCAGGGGUCAUGCGUAUGUGUGUCACCAGAAGGGGGAGGAACUAAAGGGCCAUAACACUCUUCCGUCACCGUGGAGGGACCGCCCCAUUGAAGAGUCCCUGGUGUUGUUUGAGAGGAUGAAGAAGGGCAUGUUUGCAGAGGGAGAAGCAACACUCAGGAUGAAGAUGGUCAUGGAGGACGGGAAGAUGGACCCUGUGGCGUACAGAAUCAAAUACACGCCACAUCAUCGAACAGGGGAUGAAUGGUGCAUCUACCCCACUUAUGACUACACCCACUGUCUGUGUGACUCUAUUGAAAAUAUCACACACUCACUGUGUACCAAAGAGUUUCAGGCCAGGCGUUCAUCAUAUUACUGGCUGUGUAAUGCCCUGGAUGUGUACUGUCCUGUUCAGUGGGAAUAUGGACGCUUGAACCUCACCUAUACUGUUGUGUCCAAGAGAAAAAUCAUCAAACUGGUGGAGACUGGUGUAGUCAGAGACUGGGACGAUCCCCGUCUCUUCACUUUGACUGCACUGAGAAGAAGAGGUUUCCCACCAGAGGCAAUUAACAACUUUUGUGCACGGGUCGGAGUCACAGUUUCCCAGACAACAACAGAGCCGCACCUACUGGAGUCGUGUGUGAGGGAUGUGCUUAAUGACACAGCGCCCAGAGCCAUGGCUGUGCUGGAACCACUCAGAGUCACCAUAACUAACCUUCCCGACAAGUCACGGUCAGAUGUACGAGUACCAGACUUUCCUGCCAACGAGGCCAAGGGCAGCCACACGGUUCCAUUUACUCGCACGAUCUUCAUUGAACAGAGCGACUUCAGAGAGGUGAUGGAGAAGGGCUACAAGCGUCUGACCCCAGAACAGCCUGUAGGCCUGAGGCAUGCUGGGUAUGUCAUCUCUGUUCAGAAGGUCAUUAAGGACGUUCAGGGUAAAGUGGUGGAACUGGAGGUGAGCUGCUGCAGUUCUGAGACUGCAGAGAAACCGAAAGCCUUCAUCCACUGGGUCAGCCAGCCGCUGGUGUGUGAAGUGCAUCUCUAUGAAAGACUAUUCCUGCACAAACAUCCAGAGGAUCCAUCUGAAGUGCCCAACGGCUUCCUGAGUGACAUCAACCCCAAUUCCCUGCAGGUGAUCAGCAGUGCCUUAGUGGAUACCUCAGUCAAGGGAGCAAAAGUUUUUGACAAGUUCCAGUUUGAGAGAGUUGGCUACUUCUCCCUGGACCCCGACAGCACCGCAGACAAGCUCGUCUUCAACAGAACAGUCACCCUCAAAGAAGACCCUGGGAAGAUGUGAUUGACUGAGAUCAAGCUGCACAUCCUGCUUCCCAUGAGCCUCCAGUUACAUGCCUAAAUUGUCUGCAUCACUUAAUGUGUAAUAUCAGCGAGGGCGCAGGCUGCUUAGGCUGAGAUUGACUCAAGUCAGAUACUGUAAUAAUUAAUGUUCAUAUUUCUGAUCUGCAGUUCUCGUGCAUGGAUCGGUCUCACUGAAACGGGUUUUUGGCUGGGAUUUCUUCAUCAAAAUUAAUAUAGUAACACUUUGAUCAAUCUCAAGCUGAGCCAGUCAGUGUCGGAGUCUUCUUGAAUUUUUUUUUUUUUUUUUUUGGAUCUGCUGCAAUAAUAUUCACUUAUGUUUCCUCUUCUUUGUUGAGUGUAUGCAACCUGGAUUACUGUUCAACAAUGACCUCAUGUAUGUAUGUUUCAUAUUGGCUCUAAGCUGGUGUUACACAGAGGAGAUGCUCUCAAAUGCCAUAAAUGACUUUCUUACAAAAGUGGUGGGCCAGUGCAAAACCACCAAGACUCAGAGGGGUGCACAUGUGUCCUUUUUGACAGGAGACAAGAAUAAAUAAUACUUAAACUACAGUGUUUGUGUUAAUAACCUGAAGCAGGAUAAACUCAUGAA